AUGUCUACGGGCGAAAGCGAAGACGUUUAUUCUGAUCUGUAUUCCAUUAUCUCUCAGGUAACAUCCAAUACUGCUAACGAUAUUGAGCAACUCCCAUAUGCUUUAACGUUCAAAACGUCCUUAAUCUUCGUUGGUGCUACCGUUGGUGGGUUAUUAUUUGGCUAUGAUACAGGCGUUAUAUCAGGUGUUCUGCUUUCUCUAAAGCCCGAAGAUCUAUCUUUGGCAGUCUUGACGGACGUUCAAAAGGAGUUGAUUACCUCGAGUACAAGUGUCGGUUCAUUCUUCGGGUCUAUGUUGGCAUUUCCUUUAGCAGAUAGGUAUGGAAGAAGAAUUACUCUCGCGAUCUGUUGUUCAAUUUUUAUUCUGGCUGCAGUUGGAAUGGCUACAGCAAGAACAUUGACGUUCUUGAUCUGUGGCAGAUUGCUGGUAGGGGUCGCUGUUGGAGUGUCUGCCCAGUGUGUCCCCUUAUUUUUGAGUGAAAUAUCACCUUCCAGAAUCAGGGGUUUUAUGUUGACAUUGAACAUUAUUGCUAUCACUGGAGGUCAAUUGGUUUCGUAUGUGAUUGCAUCUCUUAUCAAAGGAAUUGAUAAUUCAUGGAGAUAUUUGUUUGCAUUUUCUGCUAUUCCAGCUAUUUUAUUCCUUUCGAUAUUGGAUUUUAUUCCUGAAUCGCCACGAUGGUCCAUCUCUAAAGGAGACAUCCUGUACGCUAGAGAUUCUUUAAGAAUGCUAUAUCCUACUGCAUCUACAUACCACGUUAAUAGUAAAAUCAAGCAGCUAAUAAUUGAACUUGAUAAGUUACGAAUAUACGAAGAUGCGAGUGAACCCUUACUUGUGCAAUCCCAAUCGGUUGUUCGAUACAUGGAUAGUUCAGGCUCGGGAACUCUUAGCCCAUCCAAUAUUAAGAGACUUUCCUCGAACACUGAAAGAGCCAGUAAUACUGUGUCCUCCUCAUCAGCAUUUCUAUCGGCAUUGCGAGGUCCAGCUUUAAACGGGGUCACGACAUCUAAUAAAAAGAAAAGACACAGGAUGGAACCGCGGACGAUAAGAGCGUUAUUAGUAGGUUGUGUGUUAAUGUUUUUCCAGCAAGUCACUGGCUUUAAUGCCUUUAUGUACUACGCGGCAAUAAUAUUUUCUAAAUUUGAUAUAAAAAACCCUCUACUACCCCCAAUUUUGAUUGCCUCAACAAACUUCAUAUUCACUUUUUUCGCUAUGUACUCCAUGGACUCUUUGGGCAGAAGAGCCAUCUUAUUGAGAACAAUUUUGAUUAUGACUGUCGGGUUACUUCUGUGCAGUGUAGGUUUCGGUCAUAACCAGGUUGGUUUACUUUUGAUCUCCGUUGUAAUUUAUGUCGCGGCAUAUGCUUCUGCAAUGGGCAGCGUUCCAUGGACCUGCGUAGAAUUCCUCCCUUUGAAUAGGAGAUCAUUUGGGGCAUCUUGUAUAGCCUGCACGAAUUGGCUAACCAAUGCACUUGUUUCAAUGACAUAUCUGAGCGCUAUUAACAUCAUUGGUGAUGAAAACACGAUGCUCAUUUUUGCUUUUUUCACAGUUUGUGCCUGGUUUUUCGUGUAUUUUUGGUAUCCAGAAGUCAAAGGUUUGUCAUUGGAAGAAGUUGGAAAGGUUUUUGAUAAUGGCAUUGAUGUCCAUUAUGUCUUUCGUACUUAUCAUUGA